CGGAGCUUGUUGUUCCCCGGCAGGAGGGGGAGGGACGUGGGGAAGGAAUCUUCAAACGCCGGCAGAGGUUCAAACGCGGUUACACGGAGAAAGUAGGAGCUGCAGACCCAGUAAAGCCUCGUGUUCUGUCGCCGGUUCUUCGGGAGCUGUUGGCUGUGACUCGGUACACGACGGGAUAAAAUGUCUACCGUCAACUGGAAGCCGUUUGUGUUCGGCGGGUUAGCUUCGGUGACGGCGGAAUGCGGGACAUUUCCCAUUGACCUCGCCAAGACUCGCCUUCAGGUCCAGGGCCAAGUGGGCGACAGUAAAUACCGAGAGAUCCGCUACAGAGGCAUGCUCCAUGCCAUGAUGAGGAUAGGAAGAGAGGAGGGACCCCGGGCUUUGUAUUCAGGAAUUGCUCCUGCCAUGCUGCGCCAGGCCUCCUACGGGACCAUAAAAAUCGGAACAUACCAGAGCUUUAAGCGGCUUCUGGUUGACAGACCAGAGGAUGAGACGCUGCUGACUAAUGUUCUGUGUGGUGUCCUCUCUGGGGUCAUCUCCUCCUCCAUCGCCAACCCGACGGAUGUGCUGAAGAUCCGCAUGCAGGCCCAGGGACGUGUGAUCCAGGGCAGCAUGAUGGGCAACUUUAUUAACAUCUACCAGGAGGAGGGAACACGAGGACUGUGGAAGGGUGUCUCUCUAACAGCUCAGAGGGCAGCUAUCGUGGUCGGAGUGGAGCUGCCGGUUUAUGACAUCACCAAGAAGCAUCUGAUCCUGUCGGGUUACAUGGGGGACACCGUGUACACACACUUCCUGUCCAGCUUUGUUUGUGGUCUGGCGGGAGCUCUGGCCUCAAAUCCCGUGGAUGUUGUCCGGACACGCAUGAUGAACCAGAGAGGAGGAGCUCUGUAUCAGGGAACGCUGGACUGUCUGCUGCAGACGUGGCGCUCUGAGGGCUUCAUGGCCCUCUACAAGGGCUUCUUUCCCAACUGGCUCCGCCUGGGACCGUGGAACAUCAUUUUCUUCCUCACGUAUGAACAGCUGAAGAAGAUCGAUGUGUGAUGAGCAGAAGUGCAGCAUGAAGACGAGAUAAAUUACAAGGGGAAAAUGCUCCAAGACGAGCCGAAAGGACCAAAAUGAGGGAUGUCUGGAUGUUGGUGUAUCCUUGAAGAAACCAACAGGGGGAAGGGGUUCACAGACGUUGACCUGCGUUAAGGGACGGCAAGAGAAUUUGCCUGAUUGCCCUUUGGGCCGUUUGUCUCCUGAAGCCUGUGGCGAGUGUGGAAGGUUCUCUGACACACAAACGCUCAUCUUUGAUGUCGUAACUCAUCUUAAUCCUACUUUAGGCUUCACCGCUCAACCACUGGCCGCUCUAAUUUAUUCACUGUGAAAUUGGAGGGGAAUUUUACAACACUUGUUUAUUUCAGUCAGGCUGCUUUAGAAAUGGCCCCAGUGUCACGAGGAAAACAAACUCAUGCUGGCUUUCUGGCGUCUACAUUUAAAGUGCUCUCCGUAUCGAGUGCCUUAGUUUGUGAUGUGGGCCGUUUGAGCCUGAGCUUCAGAAUGUCGGAUAGCAGCUGACAAUAGCCGCGAUCAUUCCCUUUGGAACAGAUACAAAGAAACAAAGAUGCUUGUGUGCAUGAGUGGACAAAGUUCAUGCUUUUUUUGUUGUUUUUUUUUUUAAAUACGUAUUUCUAAAUGGAGCGAUGGGUGUGAGGAAAGGUGAAAUUGCUGAGAACUCGCAGGAGUAUUUACACAGCAAAGAGCCAAGAAUGCAUCCUUGUGUACUGUAAGAAGUUAUAUAAACAGAAAACCAGAGAUGGCACGCACACCUCGUCUAUAUGUGGCGAGACGGUCCGAGAUAGUCCCUCAUGCCAGCGAGUGCUGACAGUAAAUAUAAGCUGUGGCAGCUGGGGGUUGACACACUGCACUCGCUGGCUUCUUAUAUAUAGGUUACUGUAACAGUUGUUAUGUAAAGCUACAUACUAUAUUCCACACACUUCUAAUUUCAGACCCCUCUGGUAAGAUUAGAUGUUAAUUUUGUUGCUCCAGGGCGCUGCAACCACUGCACAUGACCCACAGUUAUAUUUUCAUACACUGUAUUUGCACGCUUUUUGCUUAUAAGUGAGCUUUCAUUGUGAGGAAUGAAUUUGUUGCUGGCUGUGGUGUGAGUGUGAGCCGUCGCUGCUGCUGCUGCCAAAGUGUACCCCUGUGUAGUUUUGUUAAACUUCUGAUGUUGAUGUAAAAUGCUGCUGUCGUCUUGUAUAUCUGAAAUUAAAGAGCUGGGAUGAAAGCCCA